GAGGAGGUGGGGGUGUCCUACAAGAGUUUGCUGGUCCUCACACUUCAUCACUCCAGAUCCAGGCCACCCCGGGGCGGAGCUGCACUGUCGAGCUGGACGCUUUGGAUACUCGCUUUCUUUAAACGCAGUCGUGCCAUCCUGGUCGCGUUUGUGCAGUGGAAGGUUUGUUGUGUGAUUGCGACCGCAGCCAAAGACGACAAGAGUUCACCUUCGUGAUUGUGCGCCAUGGGAGCAGAGAGCUCAGUGCAGCAGGACGGGAAGAGCCAGGAGGAUGCGUCAGCCUCAGCCUCAGCUUCAGCUUCAGCUUCAGCCUCGGAGGUGAAGGUGCUCCAGGAGGAAGGCAGCAUCCUCGACAGCAAGUCUUUGCAGAAAAAUGGCCAGAUCUCCAGCAUGACCAGCCUGAAUGGACACUCAGAGGACAACACCCUGGCAGAAGUUGGCCAGCCAGAUGGUGUAUCUGUGGCUCAGAAGGACGAGGCUCCUGAGACUAUGGGCACCAUCCAGGAUGAAGUGGCUCCUCAAGUGAACGGGGAGAAAGUGGAGAAAGAGUCUCCUGAUGCCAAUGACAUCUCCGCUGUUGAGGAGAAGGCAGCGGAGGAGAAACCUGACGAUGCCAAUGAAGUGGGUUUCAAGAAGAUCUUCCGCUUUGUGGGCUUUAAGUUCACUCUGAAGAAGGACAAGAGUGAGGAAAAAGAGCCUGUGAAGCUACUGACAGUCAAAGAUAAAGAAGGAGAGGAGGUUAGUGGGACUGAGGAACCUACAAAGAAGGAGGAGGCUGCUGAGGAGAAGAACACGGCUGAAGAAAAGGAGGCUGACACAGAGGCAGCUGCUGCUGAGACAGAAGUCACUAAAGAUGAUACUGACAAAGCUGAAGCCACUGAUGCCCCAGAUGAAGGCACUGCUGCUGAAGCUACUGAUGAAGCAGUAAAGGAGGAAGGAGCUGAGAAGGAAGAAGAGGCCACUCCACCCUCCCAGGAGACCACCCUGUCCCCCUUCAGAAAGCUCUUCAGUGGAGGACUCUUCUCUAACCUACGAAAGAAGGCCAGCAUCAAGAAGACAAAAGAGGAGGAGGACAAGGAGGCAGCUGUCGAGGAGGAGACUGCUAAGACAGAGGAAACUCCUGCUGCAGUGGACGAAAAGGAGGAGAAGACUGAGGCAGAGCAAGAAACCAAGGAGGAGGCGCCAGCAACUCCUGAGGAAGAGAAAUCAGAGCCCAAGGAGGAAGCACCAGUUGCUCCUGAGGAAGAAAAAUCAGAGACGACACCAGAGCCCAAUGCCACUGUUGAAACCCCUGCUCCUGCAGCAGCUACUACUGAUGAGACCAAACAAGAAGAGGAAAAAGCGGAAGGUGGUGCAGAAGAGGAGAAGGCUCCAGCGGAGGUGACUUCUGAGGCGGAGCUGCUAUCAUCGCAGGAGAAAGCAAAGCCCCAGGGAAGCCCCCUGAAGAAGCUCUUCACUGGAGCUGGCUUAAAGAAGCUGUCAACUAAGAAGCAGAAGAACAAGAAAGAUGCCGAGAGCAAACUGACUGAGUCUGGGGAGCAGGCAGCCAAGCAACUGCAGUCCUCCACUGAGUUAACAGAGGCUCCUAAAGCUGACAGUGGGCCCUCAUCUCCAGAGGAAUCAGGAGAGCAUGUUAUUGCUGUGGAGGUCACUCAGAAUGGGUCUAGCCAAGAGACUGAGGGGGAAGUUGCCUCUGAUGGAGAGAAGAAAAAAGAGGGAAUCAUUGCCUGGUCCUCCUUCAAGAAACUAGUAACACCCAAGAAGAUUGUGAAAAGGUCUUCUGAGAGUGAAGAUGAAGCCACAGGUGAGAAACCAGCAAAGCCUCUGCCCUCUUCUGAGAGUGCUGCAUUAGCAGAUAAGAGUGUUGAGGAAGAUGCUGAGGAGGAAAAGCCAACUGAGGAAGAGCCAAAGACUGAAAACACAGAGAAACUGGUCAGCAGCACCGAGGAGCCCAAAAGGAAAAUGGACACCUCUGUCUCCUGGGAGGCCCUAAUGUGUAUGGGUGGACCCAAAAAGAAGACAAGGAGGACCUCUGAUUCUGAUGAUGAUGAUGAGACCAAGAUUGAAGAGGAAGCUGCAGCAGCAGCAGCAGCAUCAGCAGCAGUAGAGGGGGAACAGGAGAGCAAAACUGAGGCUCCCAUUGUCACUUCCCAAAACACAGAGAGUGAGGGAGAAGUUGUUUCCUCCCCUGAACCAUUAAACAGCCCUCCUGAGAGAGAAUCCACCUGGGACACGCUGAAACGCAUGGUUAUGUCAAAGAAUAAGGCCAAAGCUGAGGAAAAGCCAGAGGAGAGUGCAGAGCAGGUCCAGUCAGACAGUGAAGCACCAAAGGAUGAAUCAUCUUUCUCUUUGAGGAAGUUCUUCCCUGGACGCAGGAAGAAGAAGGCUGAAAAACAAGCCUCCACUGAAAUGGGCUCAGGUGAGGAGGACUCUGACACCCCGGCUGUGGUUCCUAUGUCCGAGUAUGACGAGCAAGUUGAGGCCGAACAGGAAGCACCGGCAGAACCAGCUGCAGUCCAGAUUAAAGUGUCCACUGAAGAUAGGUCCCCGUCGUGGAUUCCAGCCACCGUCGAAGACAUUGAUGAUAAAAACGAUCAGUUGAGUGACAUCCCAGAGGAGGCAGAGAAUGCUGCCACACCUAGGUCUGUUGACACUGACAUUGCAGAGGAUGAAACUGAGGACCAAGCUACGCUGCCUCCUAAAGCUCCAGGUCGCAUGGGGCGCAGGCUGUCCACAGCUGAAGAAAAGCCUGUCACUCUGGCUCUAGCUGCAAAAACCACCCCUGUUCCUCAAGGACCUAAGUCGGGAACCGCCCAGGAGGUAGUGGGGGCUAUUGAGGCCCAAAUCAGUGAAAUCCCAGCUCAAACAUCUGUGACUGUUGAAGAUGUACAAGUAGAGGUAGCUACUGAAAAUACUGAGUAUGAACCACCAACUGAGACUGCAGAGGCUAAGGAAAAUACCAUUCUGGUGCCACAUGCUCAAGAUGAGGCCAUGGCUAUAUGCACCGGCUUAGGCACCAAGGAGAUUGCCAAAGUAACUCUGGAGAAGCCUGUGGUUCCCCUUGUAGAGUGUGUGGCUGUGGUCCGUGAUUCCCUGAGCACAGAGGUGGCAAUAGACGAGAAGCCAGCAAGUACAGAGAAAGCCACUCUUGCAGCAGAUGAAGUGAUCAUGGCCCAAGCCCAGGAGGUAGAAACCAUUGACCUUGAGCCUGUUGUUGAAAAUUCACAGAGUGAAGCGACAGAUAUUCAAGCUGCCACUGAGAGCUAUGAACCUGAGCUGGAGAAGGUUGGAGUCAUCAACACUGUUCUAGAGGAGACUGAGGUCAUUCAGGCCACCUCCGUGAGCGAGAACUCCCCUAAAUCUGUAGUAGUCAAUCCCAUUACACCAACAUCUGAAAUUGCUGUCUGCACCCAGAGCAUAGAGGUCUCUGAGCCAAUUGUUGAGACCAAGGAAGUGAAAAUGGACACAGAGCAACUUGCUGCCACUGAAGAAAACUCACCCAUAAAAGAGGUCGCUCAGGUAACGACUGAAGAGAUGUCUUCUACUAUCGGUGAAACUGCAAAGAUCACCAUCACAAAGGAGACUGAGCCAGUCAUCCCUGUAGUCAUACCAAGUGAGGAGGCUCCUGUUAUCACAGAAACAGUGGUCAUUGUCUCCUCACUCAGUACCGAGUCUGACCAAGUGGCAAUCUCAGAUGAGGUGGUCGUGAAAGACCCAGCGGCGUCGGAGGCAGUCUGUGAUAAACCAGUCCAGGUGGAAGAAGCCAAGGAGGAGGGUACGGUUGUGGAGACUGUGGAGGCCACUAUGGUUCAAACAGCAGAGUCAGAGAUCAGUGUAGUCCCCGAGCAGGCCACCGAGAAGACUGAAGAUAUCAAGGAGGAUGUCUAUCCGGCCCGUGAGAUUGAGGCACAGAGCAUGGUCAUUGCCCAGGCUGUCAUUCAGGAUGCCAUGGAAAAAGUUUCAGAAGACAAGCCUGAACCUAAAAAGCCCGCCAGCCCAACAGCCACCACCCCAACACCAGUCCAGGCAAUAGCAACAACAGAGGAAGAGAUUGAGAUCACAUCAGUGGCCCCUGUUAUCACUGAAACCCCUGUCGCUGUCAUCUGUGAAAAACCAGCACCAAAGUCUCCUCAGCCACUUCAUGUUGCCAUGGAGGUUACGGACACUAUCCAAAUAGAGGUGAUAGAGAGCACUGAUGCCUAUGUCGGGGAGGAGGAGAAGAAACCAGAGGAAGAGUUGAGGCAAGCUGUGGAGGUAAAAGUAAGUGAAGAAAUUGUUGUAGUGGAAGAAGUUGUAGAAAUAAAGGCAGAGAGUGAAGAGCUUGAACAGGUCAAGGAGGAACAGAGCAAAGAAGAAGAAGCAGUUCAGGAACCAGAUGUAAAAGAAGCAGCUGAGGAAGUGAAACCACAAUCAGAGGAAACUACACCAGAGGCCCCUUCAGAGGGAGAGAAAGUGCUUGCGAUCCACAUGCCAGUACAGGUGGUCCUGCAGACAGCGGAGGUGGUUGAGGAAUCAGUGGCAGAAGAGGCUGCGGAAGAGUUUGACAGCAACGGUCCCGUGACUGAAGACACCAGCGUAAAAGCCGAGAGCCCCGCAAGUGCAAGCAAACUCUCAACACUGUCAGAAGAAGCUCCAGCGACAGCUUCAGGAGAAGUGUCCGAUCCCAGCCAAGUCACAGAGGCAGCAGCCAGCCAGCCAGAGACAGAGACAGAGAAACCGCCGUCAGGAAAGUGCGCAGAGGUGAUGGCGCAGGUGAUCGAAGUGAUUGAGGAAGCAGUGAAGGAGAUCGAGCCUGUGUCCACAGAGAUCACAGCAGCAUCAUGAGCAGCUGACGAUACAAGACUAAUGCCUGGGAGACACACUGUCUGGACCAGGAAGAGAGAGAGAAAGAGAGAGAGAAAGAGAAAGAAGGUGGCUGCUCUGUGGUAACACGCUGAGACUGGGCCCCGCCCAGAGAGACUGAGUGACACCUCUGCCAUUCUCUCCACCUCCCCUUCCACCUGUACCCCAACCCCAUCCCGCAGCCCUCCCCGUCACAACAACGUGACGACCCCGCCGACACAUCCUCACCCACCCACUGACUCUCUCACGCACACUCACGCAUGUCCUGUGCCUCAGAAGCAUCCCAUCUGGCUUCUUAUCGGUGUGAUGUAUGUUCAAUGUCUCAGUGACUUUCCAUUGCCCUUGCUGCAUAAGGCAAGAGUCUGCAAAACCUGGUCGAGUGUGUAUCUGUGCAUGUGUGUGUGUGUGUGUGUGCGCGUGUGUUUGUAUGUGUAUAGUAGCGAGAGUGAGAUGGUGUCAGAAGGUGAAGAGAUGGAGGAUUACUAUCUUGUAUAUUGUAUUUAUAACUUGAGUAUUCUUUCAUUCACCCCAAGUCUUUAUUUUUUCAUUUUUUUUGUCCCAUUUUGUUAUUGUAUGGACAUUGUUUCCUGUUCUUAAAAUUCCCAUACUAAGCUGUGAAACAUUAGGUAUUCUUUUGAGCAACAUUAUGACAGUGACUUUGAAGGGUGAUACAAACAUCCAAAAAAAAUAAGGUUCAGUAAAAUCUACCAAAACAAAUGUGAAACUGCUGCAUAAAAGUGCCUUGUGUGUCACAGCUUUAACUGUCAUAUUCGUAAGAUUAUUUCAAGCAUCUGUAGCAAUUAUAAUUAAACCAUGGUACAAGUGUGAUUCCACUGACAGUAAGUGAUAAGACUGACAGCAGAAAUGAAAACAGGAAGGCAGAGAGUGUGAUGAUACCUACCAGAAAUGCACCACGUGUUUUGACUUUUGUCACAAUGUGUUCUUCACUCUGCACCCCGGCAAAAAUACUUAAUAAGCUUCAUGUAGAUAAGAAACAAACAAUCACUGCCUGAUUCACUGUGAAAAAGACAUUGUUACGCAUUGUUUCACGUAAUAAUACAAUAAAAUAUUAUUAUGACACCCUCAUUUGAUCAUGUGGCAGAGGUAUUUGGUAAACAGUAACGUGCAAAUUCUGACACUGGAAGAGUCAUACUGGGUAGACAAGUGCAUGUAAGAAACACUUACAAAGCAUCUCAUGUUCACAGUGUUUAAUGGCCUUGUUACUGUGUGACAUAUGUAUCAUUGGUGUGUGUGGUAGUUUUAUUGAGGUUAAAUACCUUCCUUGCUACACUUAAUUUAUAUUUCUUGAUGAAAAGACUGUAUGUUGACACCCUCUGCUGCCUAUGAAAAGUAGUACACCCUUUAGUCUUUAGUCAUUUGUGUCAUUUUGACUUCAACUGUGUGUGUUAACAAGGGUGAUAAAAGUAUGAAAACUGUCUUUGUUCUGUUCAGUCUUAUGCUAGACCUGCACUUUUUUGUGUUCCUCACCAAGCAUGAUAGCUCAGGUCCAUUAAACUGGCACCAGACUCACUUGGUUGAGGAUUUAGAGAGGCACAAACUGCAUGGUACCACAAAUAACAACAAAAGCUCAUUUUACUCUUAAUUUAAAAGCCAAAUUGAGUUAGGAUAAAUCAGGGAGUCACGGACUUUCCAUUGCUCACAGGAUAAGUUGUAUUGUAUAAGUUGCAUUCAAUUAGAUUCCCAAAGCAUCUACUCAGCUACUUUGAAUCAUUCACCAAACCUAAGUCAUAGGGUCAGGGCUUAUUUUUGAAUUUUAUUGGCAAAGGGGGAAAUGAUUUAGGCUGGAGGAAUAUCUGAAACAUUCCUUGGCUCCAGUUUUACCACCAAAACGGACAUGUGACUGUGAGUUACACUGGUAUUUAUUUUUCCUACCAAAUUUGACAAAGUUGCAAUCAUUGGGAUAUCUUGAGAUAGUAAUGGUGAGUGCUUCUAAAAGCCGUUCAUUUUAUUUUGGUGGCUCACAUUUCACUAAGCUUUAUGACCAAACGAGAAAAAGAUCAGGAAGUACAGACCCCUGUUAGGUCACCACUUCCCUUUACUUUGACUCUAGAGGGCGUGACACAUCCACGACACAUGCUUUAUGUAAAAUAAUUGAGUAAAAAUGACAGAGUGAACUAAAGACUUUUGCUUUUGUUGCAUAAUGUAAAGCAUUUAGUUGGGGCACUUGCCCACUUCAGUCCUCCCUGCUUUUUGUAACACUUAACUGUGAACCUGUUAACAUUUGUACAGAUUGUAUACCUACUGUAUGUACUUAAAAAUCAUACUGUUGUAAUAUUAACUAAUAACCUGCAGCCAUUUAGCAUAAUAUCCAUGUAGCAUGGUCUUAAUUGUCUUUUAUAUUUUCCAAGCUGUUAAUAGUAAGGAUACAGAAACUUGUCUAUAUUUCAUUCAAUAAAGUUAGAAAAAAAUGGUG